GUGUCCCGUUUCGGUUUGGGGCUUUGCGCUUCGUUUGAAAACAUUGGACAGAAAAGAAAACGGAAGGAAAGGAAGGAAAGGAAUGGCGCUUUCAGUCUCUACCCAAUCAUCUGCGUUGAGAUCGCUGUGGACAGCUGUGGGUCGGCGGCGUUCCUACGCCAAGGUGGCAUCUUCUUCCUCUUAUGCGGCGGAAGGGCGGAGGGAGAAAAAACAAGUAGAAGCAGAGGCAGAAGAAGGCGUCGACGUCGACGUCGACGUCGGUGGGUUCGCAGUGAGCUCCGGAAUCAGCAGACCCCUCUCUGAAAUCCUCAAGCAACUCAACAAGAAAGUCCCCGAUUCCCUCGUCAAAACCCGCUCUGAAAAUGGCUUCAACUCCAAAUACAUCCCCUGGCACAUUGUGAAUCGGAUUAUGAACUUGCAUGCUCCAGAAUGGUCCGGUGAGGUUCGAAGCGUCACUUACUCUGCUGAUGCCAAGUCUGUAUCGGUUGUUUAUCGCGUCACGCUCUACGGAACUGAUGCUGAGAUUUUUAGGGAGUCAAUAGGCACUGCUUCAGUAGCUGACACAAGUUAUGGGGAUCCUGUACAGAAGGCAGAGGCAAUGGCAUUUCGUCGAGCUUGUGCACGCUUUGGUCUUGGACUUCAUCUUUAUCAUGAGGACUUGUCGUAGUGGCACGUAGUGCUUGGUUCUGUGAAGUAUAUGCUUCUUUGCACUUUUUGGUGGAUGGGUGAUGCUUGAUUUGGCUUCUUACUUUUGUUUUUUGGGUUGGUAGAUUUUGAACAGAUGCGACCCUGUCACAGUACAAGCACGUAAUUAAGAAGGUAGCCUAAUGUUAUGUUCCCUGUUUAAGUUACUCAUGGAGGAUUUAAUGAAAAGAACGAUCUAUCCUGGACUUAUUUUAGUAUA